AUGAAGUACCUCAGCACAAGAGGUGGCAGUGAGCGUCUCACCUUCGAGGAGGCCGUCCUCACCGGUCUCGCUCCCAACGGAGGUCUCUUUAUCCCCGCACAGGUUCCGCAGCUGCCCGCCAACUGGCAAUCCGAAUGGGCCAACCUUUCCUUUUCCGAGCUCUCGCAUCGUGUUCUAUCGCUCUACAUUCCCGAGGACCCAGCACAGGGAGGCAUUCCAUCCGCCGAUCUUCAGAAGGUCAUCAACAAGUCAUACGCCACCUUCCGACACCAGGACACCACACCGCUCGUGCGUCUCGACGACAAGGAAUGGUGUCUCGAGCUGUGGCACGGUCCCACCUUCGCGUUCAAGGAUGUGGCCCUCCAAUUGCUCGGCAAUCUCUUCGAGUACUUCCUGCAGCGAAGGAAUCAGGGCAAGCCCGAGGAGCAGCGUGAGAAGCUCACCAUCGUCGGUGCGACCAGCGGUGACACGGGCAGUGCGGCCAUCCAGGGUGUCCGAUCGAAAGAGGACAUCUCCAUCUUCAUCCUCUUCCCUGACGGACGUGUGAGCCCCAUCCAGGAGGCGCAGAUGACCACCGUGCUCGACGAAAACGUCCACAACGUCUCAGUGCAAGGCACCUUCGACGACUGCCAGGACGUCGUCAAGGCGCUCUUCUCCGACGCCGAGUUCAACGCCAAGCACCGCCUCGGCGCCGUCAACUCGAUCAACUGGGCACGAAUUCUCGCUCAGAUCGUCUACUACUUCUCCGCGUACUUCCAGUUCCGCAGGCAGCUCGGGCUGUCCGAGUCCGAACCCACCCCCAAGGAUCUCGAGUUUGUCGUCCCCACGGGCAACUUUGGUGACAUCCUCGCUGGAUACUACGCCAAGCGCAUGGGCCUCCCUGUCUCGCGUCUCGUCGUUGCUACCAACGAGAACGACAUCUUGCAGCGAUUCUGGGCCACGGGGAGGUACGAAAAGUCGAGUGGCGCAUCUUCAUCCACCUCCUCUGCACAGACCGAGGUGGCACAAGGCUCGUCCGACGGCCAGCAGGGCGGUGUCCGUGCCACCCUCUCGCCUGCUAUGGACAUCCUCGUCUCGUCCAACUUCGAGCGCCUGCUCUGGUACAUUGCGUACGAAUCGCAGUCGUCAUCGGCUACAGGCUCCGACGCCGAGAAGGAGGAAGCGGCGGGUCAGCAGCUUGCAUCGUGGAUGCAGUCCCUCAAACAGCACGGCAGCAUGUCGGUCAACGAGCAGCAGCUUGCCCUCGCACGCCGCGAUUUCGCCGCCGAGCGAGUCUCGGACUCCGAAAUUCGCGAGACGGUCCUCGAGUACUUCACCCGCAAGCCAACCUCUGCCUACCCGGCGGGCUCGUACCUCGUCGACCCACACACUGCCGUCGGCUUCAAGGCGGCUCACAACGCCGCGUCGACCGACAAGGCGCAUCAAAUCGUGCUCUCGACCGCCCACCCUGCCAAGUUCGCGGAAGCGGUGACAUCGAGUUUGGAGAAGGCCGGCGCCGAGUUCAAUUUCGAGAGGGAUGUGCUGCCGAAGGAGAUGGAGGGGCUUUUGGAGAAGGAGAGGAGGGUCAUCAGUGUCAAGCCGGAGGGCGCCAAGGGCGUGGAGGGGCUCAUCACGGCGGUCAAGGGCGUGGUUGAGAAGCAGGCGGAUGUGGUCAAGGCUCGCGCUGCGUCUGCCAACACCGCUAGUGUGUAG